UAAAAAGCGACGUCAGACGUUUCAGUUCUUGUUGUGAAAUCGUUAAAGACACACUUUAUUAUUAUUCACUGAAAGGAUGUAGUGGUUUCACAUCCAAAACAAAAAUCAGUUCGUUUUAUUGUUUUCCGGUUGUUUUUGUUAGUGGUUCGAUGCCUUACUUGUACUUUCGCUAUUGGCGGUUUCCGCGGUUUUCUUCUGCUCGUAGUUUAAGGCCGAUGUUUAAUUACACUUGAGUGUUUAGUGGUGGAAUAUGGGAAUCUGUUUAGAUACAGAACAAAGUGACGGUUCUCAAGCGCUCGAAGAGGGCGCAGAAAGUUGGGCUCGAAAUUCGCCGCGCGAAGCACGAAAUGCCGUUACGCCUUCGGCCGGCAAAUUCCCGAUGCACAAUAAUGCACGGGUGCAAUUCGAGUCACCGAAAGCUCCUGUCAUAUUUGUACUUGGUGGACCAGGUAGCGGUAAGGUGACCCACUGCGAUAACCUGAUGCAGGAAAAAAAAGAAAUCGUCCACAUCAACAUGUCGGACCUUUUGCAACAAUACGCCAUCGGAAACGAUGGACAUUCAAGCCUAAUCAAUAUCGAUAAUAGUUAUAAAGAAAUCUCUGAUUAUGCUCAACUGUCUAGUAGAACAGUUACUGAAGUUUUAAUGGUAGAAAUGAAAAUGGCACCCAAUGCCAGAACUUAUUUAGUAUCUGGUUAUCCUAGGAAUAUGCGAGACGUUGUCGAGUAUUCUGAAAAAAUUCAAGUUGUGAAUGGCGUCAUACUGAUUUCUUGGCGACAAAAAGUGCUGGAGCGUCAAAUCGAUUACGGUGCCAAAUUGGGACAAGUCGUCCUUUCCCUAGCUAAGAUGGAACUGAACAAUUUUUACAAAAAUGUCAUACCAGCGGCGCAGUAUUUCGAUCAGAGCAAUAUGCUUGUAUCGAUUCAUGGAGAACGAGCACCGCCUGACGUCUACAAAGACUUCAGAACGGCCGUUUUCCAAAUUCUAGGACACCAAGACAAUCCGCCCGAGUUCACCAACGGAAUUGCGCCGUCGGUUCCCGCUAAUACAACUUCAGAGCUGCCAACAUUGGUAAAAGAAAAUUUUAGCUGUAACAUUUUAUUGAGUAAUUAUUUUUAUUCAAAACAGCAAAAUCCCCAAAUACCCAGGGACCCGACCAAAUCUGACCCCUCGCCGCCGCGGCCCAAGACCCAAGUGAUUUCGGUUGGCAACAAUGCGGCGCCCAAUUUCAACUCGCCUGUCAAACCGUUGACGUAUCCGCCAGUGUUGUGGGUCAUUGGGGGGCCUGGGAGCAAUAAGGCAACGUUAUGUUCUACUGCUGCUAAUGACACUGGCUGGACGCACGUCAGUUUAGGAAAAUUACUCAGGUUUGUACCAGCGAUCAUAGACUAUAGUUUAACACUGUUGCCAAGACUGAAAUAUUUAUUCGAUUACAGGGUUGCGGCUUCGCCGCCAGAUCCUAGAUUGAAUCCGGACGUUGCCAAAUUGAAAGAGUGUAUCAGUAAUGGGGAAUUGGUGCCGUUCGAUUUAGUCAUGAAAUUCGUGGAUAGUCAAAUGGUCAGUAAUGUUGAGGCGAAAGGGAUUAUAUUGGAUGGGUUCCCGAGAGAUAUGGAUCAGGCGUUGGACUUUGAGAAUAAGUACAAACAAAAACCAACUAUAAUUCUACUCGACUGCUCCAAAUUGCAAUUGGGCAAGGGCCGUUUGGACGACAGCGUCACCGCCUUCCGGCGACGUCUAGAAAUAUUCCGACAAUCGACGUUGCCGAUGCUCAAGGCCAUGGACGGCAUCGGAAGACUGACAAUUGUCGAUGGUGAUACUGACACCGCACCAGUGCAGGCCGACUUUAAAAACGUGGUAGCAGAACACAUCGAAUAUAUGCUAAACAAUAUUCAACAGUCUCAGCCCACUGCGCAAAUGCUAAGCAGUCAUCAAAUGAACGGACACGUGGCAACAUUCAACCGACAUAUACCUAACGGACAUGUAGGAAACGGUCAUAUUCUGAAUGGUGAUGCGACACUGGUCGACCUUGAAACGAACCCAAUAGAAACCGUCAGCCAGCGCGUCGGAAACGGCCUGACCAAUGGCAACGUGCCAAAUGGCUACUUGACCAAUGGCGUAACAAAAAAAGCGCCGCACCUUUUAAGAAACGUGCCGAUUUUUAAUAGUUUGGACAAUGGCAUGCAAAGGAAUGGCGAAAUUGCCUUUAUGGACAGUCAUAUUUGAAUUGAUUGAAUGGGAAUAAAAAGGCUGUGAAGAGUAUUUGCGCUGGUUCGUGAGUAUUCGGCGUUUGUCAGGAAAAAAAAUGUGUUUUGUAAAAAAUAUAAAUACUUAAUUUAGGCUUUAAUUUUUCUUCGUAGAUUGAAAUUUUUGGGUUGUUGUAAGGUGACGAUAAUCCCUUACUCUUACCGCCUGAUUUUAACUAUGGUCGAUUUUAGAUUUAUUAUAAACGUUGCCAAAAAAAAAAUGUAUAUUAAGCAAUUUUCAUAAUAAUAAUAAUAAUAAUAAUAAUAUGUAGAUAUUAAUAGAGAGAUCUGGUAUAACAGCCAUUACAGUUUUGUAAUGUUCGGUUCAACUAAGAAUUGAUUGCAAGAGUGCCUUAUUAUUAUACGAAAUAAGGAAAUUAUUUCAUUAUUGUAAGACGUUGAUUAGUGGUCCAAUAUUAAAUUUAUUUAUUUAGGAAAAGCACCUAAUAAGUAGGAUUUAAGCACCCACUUAUUUUCUUAUACAAAACAAAUAAGUACCGAAUUUGUUAAAUUUAGCUCAUAAAAUAUUUUUCUAAUUAAAAUGAUGUUUUAUACACUUUUUGUAGAGUUAAGUUAGUGGUAAUAGUUUUUAAUAAUUAUUUAUGUUUCAAAUAUAUCGUGCUAUCUAUAGGUUAUUUAAUUUUUGUUUAUUUCAGUUUUAGUAUUCAAUAAACAAAUUAAUAAACAAUUAUUGACAAUUUGUAAGUGUUUA